CGGAAGGAACCAAAGUAUUGUUUUCGCAGAGAUAGGAAAUUUUGUUGAUGUUCAAACAGCAGCUAAAAUGACGUUCGCUAUCUUUGCCGAACUUCAUUGGCAUCUUUCGAUCAUUUUCUUCGACUCUUCAUACGCAUUUCUUUUGGAUGAAUUCACUGCAAACACAAACAAAGAAUCACAUGUGCAGCAGUUAUACAACAUUGAUGACUUCUCUAACGCUGAUGAUCUAAUGGCGCUAUUGAGAAAUCUAUAUUCCGAAUUAGCAGAAAUUCAUAUUAAUUUUACUGUUCUAUGUAACCAUAAAAAUACAAGAAGGCUUCUAGAAAAGGCAAGCGACUUUGACCAGACCAAAGAGAAUUUUCGCCACACUGCUCUGCGAGAUCAUUCUUCCUGGCUGGUGGUGACUAUUUCAAGGAAUCGGAACGAAGACCUAGGCACUAACAACUCGCUGCUCGAUAAUGUACUUUUACUUAAUCUUUGGCAGGAGGAAGAAAUGAUCAAUAUUCAGAACUGCAGCAAGGAUGGGGGCGAAGAGAUGUAUUACAUACAUACACUAAUGUGGAAAUCAGAAGGGCAGUGUUCUCCUCAGUGCAAUCUAUAUAGACAAUUUGAAGUAAUUGGCUGUAUGCAUCCCAAUGGGCAUCUUUAUACAGUUUCUCCGUUCUUUCCUAAUUCUGAUUUUGGAUUUAAUAAACGACAUAUGUUGGUGACAACCAAAUGGUGGCCACCAUUUACGGAGAGAAUACAAGAAAAUGGAAAAACGACUGACUACUUUGGGUUUUGUAUGGACCUUCUCCAAGAAAUGGGAAAAUCUCUCAAUUUUACAUACACAGUGACAGAACCCGUAGAUGAUGAAUUCGGCCGAAUUCUGGACAAUGAGUCAUGGAGCGGCAUGAUUGGUCAGUUGGAGAGACGGGAAGUAGAUUUGAUGGUUGCCACUACCUCAGUCCGCCAAGACAGAGAGGAGGUGAUGGACUUCACAUUGCCUUUUUAUUACGAUACAUCAACAUUACUCAUGAAAAAACCGGACCCUGAUGAGAAAAAAUUGUUGAUCCUUGCAAAGCCUUUACGUUGGGAAGUGAUGCUUUGCACGGGCGUGGUAUUGGUUGUUUGUGGUUUAUUUUUAUGUAUGACUGAGAAUAUUUCUCCCUUCUAUAUUAUACACGGAAAUAAAGGAAAACAGGAUUUUCAGCAUUCAUUUUGGUACAUGUUUGGUGCUUUACUUACACAAGGUGGUGAAAGCGUCCCUAAGUCACCAAGUGGCAGGACACUCAUUAGUGCGUUUUGGUUAUUCUCCAUUGUUUUGGUUGGGACUUAUAGUGGGAAUCUAAUUGCUUUCCUUACCGUGCCCCUUGAUAAACCUCCUUUUAAUUCCCUGGAUGAAAUGAUUGUCCAGUCAGAAUACAAAUGGGGUACCAUAGGAGGAACAUUCUUCGUUACUUGGUUCAAUACAUCAACGGUUGAGACUCUACAAGCUGUAUGGGCAGGGAUUAAAAGAUUCAACGAGACUGAUCCCGAAGUCUUAAGUCCUGAUCCCAAUGUUCAUAUUGCCAAAAUGUACAGAGAAAAAUAUGUGUACUUUGGCGAUAAAGUCUACAUGGAUAUCCGAAAAUCAAACAGAUGUGCGCUAAUGACAGCAGAGGAGGAAAUUCCCAACAACUAUUAUGCAGUAGGACUUCCAAAUAAUUCUCUCUACACCAAAAUAUUUUCGGAUCAAAUCAUAUCACUUCAAGAAGGAGGGAUCAUGCAAACCUUUAAGGUGAAACACUGGCCGAAGUCUAUUUUUUGCUUCGCACCCUCGGGACUUCAGUCUCGUCCAAUAUCGUUGAUAGACCUCCAAGCUGCUUUUUAUCUCACGGGUAUAGGUAUUGCAAUGGGAUUUCUUGUUCUGAAAUUGGAGUUUAUACUUAGCUGGUUUACAAGGAAAUGCUGUCAUCAAAACCAUGAAAAAUGUGUUCACUUGAGAACUAUUCCGACGAAUAAGGACACGUUGGAUACAGUUACAGUAGAACACAUCGUGCCUGACCCAGUGUCAGAAAUGGAGGACGAAAAAGAAAAUAUAACAUUUUGUCAUUUUAUCAAGAUGUGAUAUAUGAAUAACAAAAAAAACAUAUAUGCCUCACCAAAGCCAUUUUCUGGCUUUCAAGCUUCCCACAGAGAAGAUUUUUUAAAAAAGAAUUCAUUAUUGAUACCCAUUGAGUUUGUGUUCUGUUAAACACUAAUGAAAACACAAGACUGGAAUUUGAGUGGGCUAUUAUUGAUGAACAGAUG